CUCGGCGCCUGGAACUGCAAAGUAAACACUUCCGGAAGCACAGUGCACACAGUAGCUGUGAGUGGUGAGUACACUGUUAACCCCUUAAAUGCAUUGUAUCCGCCAUGUUUGUGUUGGUUUAUAAUUUCAGCCUGUUAUGAACGUGUGCUGGUCCUUUCUAUACUUUGUUACACUUUGGGGGGGGGGGGGGUCUUAUAACAGGGGGUCUGUAUUGUCUGCAAUGCAGUUUAUUCCCAGUGAGAGCCCAGAGUGUCCACAGCAUGCUUAGGGAGUCCACAUUCUGUUAUUUACCAAAAAAUAUAUAAAAAUAAUCCCAUGUUGCUCAAGUAAUCCUCUCUUUAGUUGAGAAGUAUGGGAAAUGUAGUUACCAAAACAGGUGGGAUCACAAGGCAAGCCAUUACUGAUAUGCUAUGGGGACCAUGUUCCUGUUUAAAGGGUAAGGGGGAGCUAUCAUAUUCUAGGUUUUAAUGCAAGAAUGCCUAGUAAAGUCUUAUUCUUAAUUUAGAGAAGUUUGUUCUCACUAAUAUUCUCCCCAUCCCCCGGGUUAUUAAAUAACACAGCAGCUGCAGAUUUGGAAUUUUGGUACAUUUUCAUGACACUCAGUAAUCUUAAGAAUUCAUUCAGCUUUUCCUAUUUGUAAUUCCAAUAGAUUAUGAAGACAGACCUCUAGAUAUUUUACUUUUUUCUUUUCUCCCGUAUCCAUCUCCCUGCAUGGGAAUGAAAUGCCUAUAUAUUUUAUUAAAUUGUAACAUAAUCUUUGUUUUAAGAAGAUUGAAAUAAAAGGUGUAAUUUUAAAAUACGUACUCUGAUCUGGCGUUCUCUGCUUACGUGUAUCUGGUUCUGUAGUGCAGACAUUAAUCAAUAUACUUUAAGUGUAAUAAUGACUGUUGCAUUAAAAUAUGUUCUAUUUCACAAACCUAUUCAGGGAAAUGUUUCCCUGGCAUAUUCUCUGUAGUCCGCUUUAAUGUAUACUUCACUCCAGCACUUAAAUAAGAACUUGCCAUAAAGCAGGGGAAGACCACCUUUGGCACUCUAGAUGUUAUGGUUUACAUCUAACCUGAUGCUUUGUCAGCAAUAUGACUUUAAGAGCCACCUGCAUACACGUACUGGCUGUAUGCAAUGUUUGUGGUGUGUGUGCUGACUGUAUAAUAUGAGGGGCUGCACAAAGGAGGAGUUGAAAAGCUGGUCACAAAAAAUCCUAAGUGUUUGACUUUUUUAUUUUAUUUUUUAUACACUUGGAUUUAUUUAUUUUAAUUAUACUUUUACAUUACUUGUAUACUUCAAAAACUGUGUACAUUUUAUGCAACUUGCUUUUAAUUGUAUCCCAGUUGAAAUAACAGACAUGCAGAAGCCAGAAUUCACCCACAGAGAUUUUGCCUGCUUGUGCUGUCAGUUACCUCUGUGUAAGCUUAUUUACUAAAGUGAGAAUUUUCAGGGUUCCAAAUUUAAAGGGACACUAUAGUCACCAGAACAACUACAGCUUAUUGAAUUUGUUCUGGUUAGUAGAAUCAUUACCUCAAGGCUUUUUGCUGUAAACACUGAUUGUUUCAGAGAAAAUACAGUGUUUACAUUACAGCCUAGUGAUAACUUCACUGGCCACUCCUAAGAUAUCUGUUAGAGAUUCUUCCUGGGUCAUUGCUGCCUAAAAUGCAUACAAACAUUGUGUCUCCUCCCUCUGCAUGCAGACACCGAACUUUCCUCAUAGAGAUUCAUUGAUUUUAUUCAUCUCUAUGAGGAGAUGCUGAUUGGCCAGGGCUUUGUUUGAAUAGUGCUGGCUCUGCCCCUGGUCUGCCUUUUUGUCAGUCUCAGCCAAUCCUAUGGGGAAGCAUUGUGAUUGGAUCAGGCUUCCACUUCUGAUGAUGUCAGCAGGCAGUGGGCAGGUCCAAAGGGACAAAAUAAGCAGCCGCAAAAUUGAAUACAAGUAAGAGUUUACUAUAUUUAUGGAGGCAUGAGGGGCCCAGAGGGGCUAGAUGGUGGUUUUUACACUAUAGGGUCAGGAAUACAUGUUUGUGUUCCUAACCCUAUAGUGCUCCUUUAAAACCCAACUAGAUGAAUUGGAGAGAUUUUCCACGUCAGCUAUGCUUUUUUUUUUUUUUUUUCCAGCUGUUUUGAUCUAAAAUCUGAAAUUCACUUUUAUUUCCUGAAAAUUAUCACAUUAAAAAAUAACCCUGUAAAUCAAUUCAUUCUACAAACAACAAUAUUUCACAGAAAAAAUAAAUUAUAUUUUAUUCUGACUUGUCCAUGUCUGAGUUUUUAAUUUGUAUACUGUUAAGUAAGGAUUUAAUUAAAAUACUUGACUGCAUUGUGUCUAGAAAACAUAUAGAUGCUGCGGCAGGGGGAGCGGUAUAGAAAGUCAUGGGGGCUUCCUUGCAAAGUGGAUGAAUUCUGUUUGUUAUAGCUAUCGUGUGAAUUAUUUAUGCAGGUGGAUCUGUGUAUUUAUCACAGUGAUUUAAUCUAAUGUGAUAAGAAUAGAAAAGAGUGACAGAGGAAGCUGGGCACGAAAUAGGGACACUUGGGAGGUAUGCUGUCAACUGGAGACUGUUAACCCAAUCAAGGAAAUAGUACCUAUUGCAGGGUCUCCAAGCCUGGAGUGAGAUAUUCCAUAUUUUGGAGUCUCUCUUUUGGAGACCGUAUUUUUUCCACAUUUGCAAGUUUGUAACCUCCACAACCCCAUGAGCAUUUUGAAUUAAAUGCAGUUUACUGUAUCUUAUUAUAUUUUGAAUCUUUUAAAUUGAGACACAUUCAUACAUGUAUGAAAAAACAGAAUUAUUAUGAGACUACAUUGCAGUGGCUCAUUUGAGCAGGGUCCUCAUCCACCUAUUGUUCCUGUAACAUUUUGUUGUUGGCUCAUUUUUUUUUUUUUUUAUGUAAAGAACUGCAGAAUUAGUUGGUGCUAUAUAAAUACUAAUAAUAAUGGGAGUUGCUCAGAUCUUUGCCAUGUAGGGGUGAUCUGACUACAUUGUUUAUAGGAAAUCUCAUGUAUAAUGAUAUCCAAUGUUCCUUUUUCAGUAAUUGUGGUCUACGAAAAAAAUGACAAGACAUGGCAAAAACUGUACCGCAGGUGCCGUGUACACCUAUUAUGAAAAAAGAAAAGACACUGGUAGGUGUUUCUGUAUCUUGAAAUGUGUUAAAAAUGUGAUUCAUUCAUAUAGUUUCUCUCAAUCUUGCAAAUCAAGGGGUAAUAGUUAAUUGAUCUGUUGGUUCAAUUUAUGCCAUAAUCUGGUAAUACUUUAUUUUAAUGAAGUGAUCUGCUGUUUUAACUGAUAAAUAUGCUGUAACAUUUUGACGUGCCAAAAUCCUUUAUACUCUGUGCCAUCUGUUAAGCUUGGCUUCAGCCUGUACUACUGGGUACUGCUUCUUCGAGAUAUUCCAUCCAAGGUUGGCACCCAUAUAAAUAGCCUUGGCACACACUCAGAUUCUUGUUUAGUUAUAUUUAUAGACAGAUAUAUGAAUUUCAUGUUAUAUGCCCUUGCAGAAUGGGAGGUCACAUAUCUGCUAUUGCCAAGCACACUGAGCAGAUACUAGUGCACAAAAAUGUAAUCCAAUUUACAUUAUGGAAAUGUAGAUACUUUCAGAUUGGUAUAAAUUAGUGCUGCAUUUAUCAUAGUAUUAAAAUUUAUAAUUUAAAAGUUUGAAAUUUCGUUAUACUGACCAGGUGCCUUGGUUCGUACUAAAAUUAACUGGAGAUGACAUAAAGUUGUAAGAUUUAGAAACCAUACAGACACCUUGUAAGUGGUGGUCACAGAGGCUCUAAAUGUUAUAUUAUUAGAAUUCUGAUAGUAACAAGCCUAAUAACCCUUUCAAAUGGGAUAUAGAAUACCUAUCAAAUCUGUUGAAGUUUAAAGGAACACCCAGGCCCCUGCAUAUGUUUAGUACUAGCUAUAGGGUAGAUUGUUUGUUCUGACUUUAAUGAUUCUCUCCAUUUCUGCUAACUGUGACAUGGAUGGUAUAUUAGAGGAGAGGGGAAAGAAAGUCAACUGUCUUUAUACCGGUGCCUUGUUCGUUUUCUGAUGUAUAGAUUAUAACGGAGUUAAUAAUUAAUUAGUAUUGUGGUACCUCUUCUAUGUCUAUAUAACUCACACACUGAUGGCCAUAUGAUUCCUUCCUUAGCUGCCUCUGGAUAUGGAACCCAAACGAUACGUCUCAGCAAAGAUGCCGUGAAGGACUUUGACUGCUGCUGUCUUUCUCUCCAGCCAUGUAAAAAUCCUGUAGUAACGUAUGUAUUUUCAAAUAUUGAUCUUUGAUCUUAUCAAAAUUUGCCUACUGCUGAUUUUAACAUUUCUUAUUCUUAUAAAAGUUGUAGCUUUUAUUGUAGCCCAUUAAUAAUCACUGAUGUUUCAGGCCAUUAUUACAGUCAAGGUAGGUAAUACCUAGUAUGACUACGUAACAUUCUUCAUAUUUAUAUAGAUAUGCAGGAUAAUGCUGGUGUUCGUUUUGUUUAUGCUUCUGCUCAGAAUUGGAGUUUGUUUGUUUUAUUUGCUAGCGAAUAAAGAGUCUCCUAGAAUUCACACAGAGCUUCUUCAAAGGUUGGAAGACCUGGUACAUGGUACGAAAUCCCAGGCUGUGUAUCAUUACCAGCACUAGGAGACUCCUAGCAUACCCAGCAUUACACUGCAGGUGCCCUACAUUCAUGUCUCUGAACACUACAUAAUAUCCUUUUAAAUCUUAUCGUAGAGGACGUUUUAUCUCCUUGACGUUAGUGACUUUAGGGAUUUUUGGUAUCUCAUGGGUCCAUAUGAAACUGAUUUAUCCUUGAUCAGUUUUAUUUAAGAUUUCCAUUUUUCAUUUCAUUCAUUUAUUUUUGAUCUUGCUUAAUCUGUAAUGUACUGAGCGUUCAUUUUAAUCUAUUUCUCCAUUAAGGCAAGACGGGUACAUUUAUGAGAAGGAAGCCAUUUUGGAAUAUAUCUUGCAUCAUAAAAAGGAGAUUGCUCGGCUGAUGAAGGUAAACCCUGCUUGCUGACUACAUUUUUGUAAAAAGUUUAUUAUUAUUAUUAUUAUUAUUUUUGUCCAAACCAAUAUUCAAGGCAGGAGUAAUUUUAUGGAGAAAAGAGACUAUAUAUGUUGUAAAUAAGAUUUAUGUAUUUAUUUUGCAGAGAUUUAUUCCACAUCAUACACAACAAAUCUAUCCAGAUUAUCAUGCAGUAAUCACGUGUCAAAUAAAGCGAGUGAGCACCCUACGCAAUCUAAGCAGAAAGUCAGACUGUCGCUAGUAUAUAAAAGACCUCACAGAUGCUUCUUUGAAAGCAGUAUGUCCUAGAACAGUGGUUCCCAACCCAGAGCUCAAGUAUCUCCUAACAGUCCAGGAUUUAGGGAUUAUCCAGUUGUGUCUAAUGUGUUUUUAGAAAGAAAAAUAACAUGUUGGACACAACAGAGUAAUCUCUAAAUCCCAGACUGGUCGGGGGUACUGGGUUGGGUACCACUGCUCUAGAUGGAAUAAAGAAGGCUACUAUUUUAAUAGGAAACAAAGAGGAAUAUAAACUUCUACUUGCUUUGCCUAGAUUUUCACUCGCCCACUGCUAGUGAUGAGUGAAAAGUUUUGAGUUCUGUGUGUCUGUCUGUCUAUCUAAAGUAUCCUGGGUUUUUAUUUUUUGAAUCCCCACUAUUGUAUGGUGACUAUAUCUAAGAGAAAGAAGUUAAUUAAAAUGAUGUAUGUCUUCCCUGCAGGCAUAUGAGAAACAGAAGAAGGACAAGAAAGCCGAAGAGGAGGAAUUAAACAAAGCUGCAAAAGAAUCCAAAAUGAAAGUGUUUCUUGAUAAAGAAAUGUCAAUAAUCAGCAAGCCACUGAACCCCUUCACACAGAAACGGGGUAAUUUCAAUAUAUUAUUUUCUCUUAUUGGAGAAUGUUUAUUGCUGUACUGAUGCAGUAAUGCCUUCAGACCAGCAUUGAUAUCCACUCCUUUCAGUAAUAACACAGGGGCAGCCAUGCUUCCAUCUGCUCAUACAUGUGCUUCCUUAGCAUGCACGUACCAAACAUAGGCUUCUGUGAGAGAUCAUGUCUUGCAGCUGGAUCUAAUUUCAUCCACGAAGAAAACUUUUGUCAAACAUUAGAAGCUGCACUGUGAUUUCUGCUACUUGGCAAAUGAAUUUCUUUCAUGCCUACUAUACAAGAAGCUACUACAAAACGCCAAAGUCCCUUAUCAAAUUUUCCACUUUCCUGUUAGCUGUUUUGCUAACUGCAGUGUAUUGUAACAGUGGCCACAGAGCUGUGAGGUUACCCUAACAUAAUGUGCAGAUACUGACUAUGAAACUCACCACUCCUGCAUCCUCUUCUCUUGCACACCAGGCAAUCACUAUGUCACUGACUGGAGAGGGAAAAUAUUUCAAUAGCUUUUUUUUUUUUUUAUUAUUUUUUUCUAGCUACCGUUUCUCUAGUAGUGUAUUGUGUGUUUUGUGUUUUUUUGUUUUUUUUUUUCCUCUUUUUUCCCUUUCUUCUACACUAUUUGAAUUGACCAAACUUCAUUCUCUACAAUAGAGGGGUUACAAAUAUAAAUUCUGUUUAAAAUGUCAAAUUGCAAGACAUGUCUUUCUAACACAAAAAGAAAACCAGAACCUAUUAAUAAAAUGUACUCCUUUUUAUUUCCAGAUUGUGUACAAAUUUCCCUUUAAUGAAACUAAACCUUUAAAAAUCAGUUAUCUGUUAUUUCUGUGCUUGGUGACUAGGCUUCCAAGAGUGCACUUGAAAAACAAAUUGUUGUAUGGAUCUUUUCCACAAUCUAGCUUUUUAGCUUUAUUUCUCAACAAUCAAUAGAUAUAACUGGAUUGUUUUACAUUGCAAUCAUCAUGACUUGGUUUUAAAAAAAAAUAAUCAUUUUUUUAUUUUUAAAAAAAGCCUGUGUUUUAUGCUGUAUACGUAUCUAAUAUUUAUAUAUGAACAUUUUAGUUUUAUAACUCAUUAAUGUUAAGACUUGCAUCUCUGUGCGUUUGCCAAAAUAGAUCUAGUAGUAAUGACCGUUUUUCUUUGUGAUCUCUGUUUGGUAUAGAAGCUGCUGAGCCCAGUGGAAGUCAACAGAAUGAGAGUGAGAAAAAUAAGCAGCUUCCAAGCUUCUGGAUCCCAUCGCUGACACCUGAAGCAAAAACAUCCCUAGUGAAAAAACCAGUGAGUGAGCCACUUCCUCAGUUCACUUAAAUAGAUAUGUGAAAGUUACUCUAUCAAUUACAAAUGCCAAUGACCUGUAUUAUCCAUCUAUCCUACCUAAGCUAGAUCCUGCUGAACCACCUUGAUUUUGAAUUUGCGACACAUUUUAUUGGGCUUUAAAAUAUAAUAAAACCAAUAACAAACAACAAAAGAAAAACACACAAACCAAACAGACAUUGUAAAAUACACACAAGCACAUGUUUUGCACAAAACACAUGAUUGCAUUAUGUAUGAAUUCAUAACUGCCUUGAGUAACAAACAAAAUGUAAUUCUACAGACAAAGAUGGAUCAUUCCUUUCUAAUCUUUAACGAAAGUUUAAUAUGUUCCAUUUACUUUCUCUUUCUAGAACAAGACCGUCUAUUGUCCCAUGAGUGGAAAACCCUUGAAGAUGAAUGAUCUGAUACCUGUGAAGUUUACCCUGGUUGACGACCAGGUGGGUCGAGUGGGUCUGAUUAACCGCCAAGACAGAUACGUUUGUGCUGUUACACGUGACAUGUUGGGUAACUCUGUCCCAUGCGCUGUGCUGAGACCUUCGUAAGUCUUGGUUUAUUAUCCUUUUUUAUUUAUUUAUUUUUCUUUCAUAUAAAACUAAUAGAUCCAGUUUCAGUAUAUUAGAGCAGGGUCAACCAAAGCCCUCUAUUUCACAUGUAGUGAAUUAUUUUGGCGCUACACAACUUUGAAUACCCCUUUUCUCCCAUGCUCACUGGGAAUAUGAAUAUUCUGCUUUUAUUGUCUAUUGAGGAAACAGGAGAACUAUGCUACUAGGAUUCAUAGGGCCAUCCUUUCUCUGCCUCCUAUCUAGACGUGUCUGCUGUACUGCACCAUGUUUAGAAUGGUUAUGGUUCUCAAACUCUGUGUGUAAUAAAGGGCACGGUGGGGACAGGAGAGCAGGCUGUGCGUGCUGGCAGCACAUUUUUUAUAUUUUCCUUGUUGGGCUUAUAGAAAUAUUUGUUUUUCUUCCGGUGUCUCCUCUGUACCUGCCAACCUCCCUUUCCUAGUUGAAAUAUCUCUCUGAUGACAAAUGCUGAGUAUAAUAAAUCAGCCUCCAGUGAGAUCAGGUGCAUGCUAAGGAUAUGUUCAUGGCACACAAGGCAGUGAAAAUGAUUUUGUUGAUGAAAGUCAUUUUCAAAUGUCAUCACACAUGCAGAUUUUUUAUUUUGCAAUUUAUUUAUUUUUCGUGACUUUUUUUUUUUUUUUCAUUCUUGAGCUAAUACUUGUUUCUGUACAAAUUCAUCAUUUUUAUGAGGUAUCAAAUCCAUUCACUUCCUCCUACGCCAUGUUUUUCCAGAGUUCCUGUUAACCAGGUGCCACAUUAUACUCCAGGGGGCGCUGUGCUGUAGAAUAGACUUCAUUUGCUGUAGGCAGCAUGUAAUAUUGCAGGUGUUCAAUAUAAGGCUUUUUGAUUUUGGUUCACAGGUAAAUUGGCACGUUUUCCAGGUUUCCCUUUAAAGUAAUGAUGGGAAAAAUGUUGAUUUGAAUAUGUUCUGCCAAGCUUGUGCUGUGUUCCCAUUACUGGGAGCUUGUCUUCAUAUAAUUCACAUUCCCUGUAUUGGGAAAACUUGCCUUUUUUUUUUUUUUUGCAUAUUUUUUAGCAGCGAGCCCCUAUGUCGUUGUCGCAACCUGUCAUUCUUUUGUCUCCAGUCUAGACAGCUAUAUUUCUUUAAUGUCGGGUCUUCUACAGCAGGUUUUUUGAGAUCCACACUGACAUCUGGUGGUUGCUCAGACACAUUACCCCGUAGACACAGGGCUAUACAUUAAACUCCAGAAUGAGCUCACUGUAAAUUGCAGAAACAUUCUCUCAUUCAGCUGUAAUCGUGGCUAUUUUAUCCUCCAUUUCAAAAUUCAAAUUUAAUUCUUUAAAAUUUGGAGUUUAGUGAAUAAGUGAGUAACCCAAGGUGGUUGAGGAUUGAAAUGAAAUGGUGGGUGGCUGUGUUAUUUAGCUCAGAGCAAACAUCUGGAAUUGUAAGUAGUGCUGUAUUUUUAUUAAUUUUUUUUAACUCUAGAUGUUUGCAGUGGAGCUGCAGUGGUUAAUUGAGUAAUUGGAAAUAAUUUAUUAACGAUGAUUACUUUUGAAAUAGGUUGAGUAAAGAGUCUCUUCACAUUUUAUGUUAACAAGCACAGAGGUAAAUUUGAGAUGAAAGUAGAGUGUGCUUGAUAGCAUAUUAAGUGAUUAAUCUCCCAAUGUGUGUGUGUUCCUAGAGGUGCUGUUGUAACACUGGAGUGUGUUGAGAAACUGAUCAAAAAGGAUAUGACGGAUCCCAUCAGUGGGGACAAGCUGAGCGAGAAGGAUAUCAUUGUGCUGCAACGGGUAAGCAUGAGUUGUAAGAUAACGGGUUUGAAUAUGUCAUAUGGCUGCUCAUCACCAUAUAGGAAUGGUUCAUCAGUUCAGUUAAAGCACAUUUUACAGAGUUAUUCGCUAAAAUGGGAAUUCAAAAUAUAUAAAGGAACACUGUAGGCAUCCAGACCGCUACAUCUCCAUGAAGUGGACUGGGUGCCAUGUGUCCCCAUUUUAACCCUGAAGAUGAAAACAUGGCUGUUCUGCAGGAAUGGCAGUGGGCAGUGAAUUUUUAUUUUAUUUUAUCGCAGGGUUAACCUGGCUGUAAAUAUGACAAGCUCUAUAGGCACUACUGUGAAAUAGCCGAAUAAAACUCUUGCUAUUUUAGCCAGACGAUCUCUGAUGGUACAGCUGUCGUGCAUGCGCACAAGUCUCCCAAUGCUUCCCUAUGGGAAAGCAUUGGAUUGGCUGAAAUAAUCAACUCUGAUUUCAGCCAAAGAGGUGAAAAUUGGAGACCAGCACAGUGAGGGCUGAAAUGUAAAUAAACCACAUUUUUAACCCUGGCAGUCUGACCCAAUCACCUAAACGGUGACUAUAGCAUUAGGAAUACAUAUUUGUAUUCUUAACACUAUAGUGUUCCUUUAAAAUCAAAAUGUUGAAAUUUUUUAUUUUAAAUUAACACUUUGCAAUAGUAAAAUGUAUGACAGAAAAGUCUUUUUUUCACAUUGUGCUUUUUCAUUUUAAAGGACAGCUGUCAUCAGUCAUCUAUUUUUUUUUUUUUUUAAUUUUUUUUUUAUGAAAGUUGAUAUAUACACUGCUCAAAAAAAUAAAGGAAACACAAAAAUAACGCAUUCUAGAUCUGAUAAGAAUGAAAUAUUCUUCGGUAAUACUUUGUUCUUUACAUAGUUGAAUGUGCUGACAACAAAAUCACACAAAAAUUAAAAAAUGGAAAUCAAAUUUUUCAACCCAUGGAGGUCUGGAUUUGGAGUCACACUCAACAUUAAAUUGGAAAAACACUCUACAGGCUGAUCCAACUUUGAUGUAAUGUCCUUUAAAACAAGUCAAAAUGAGGCUCAGUAGUUUGUGUGGCCUCCACGUACCUGCAUGACCUCCCUACAACGCCUGUGCAUGCUCCUGAUAUGGUGGCGGAUUGAUUCCUGAGGGAUCUCCUCCCAGACCUGGACUAAAGCAUCUGCCAACUCCUGGACAGUCUGUGGUGCAGCGUGACAUUGGUGGAUGGAGCGAGACAUAAUGUCCCAGAUGUGCUCAGUUGGAUUCAGGUCUGGGGAAUGGGCGGGCCAGUCCAUAGCAUCAAUGCCUUCGUCUUGCAGGAACUGCUGACACGCUCCAGCCACAUGAGGUCUUGCAUUAGGAGGAACCCAGGGCCAACCGCACCAGCAUAUGGUCUCACAAGGGGUCUGAGGAUCUCAUCUCGUACCUAAUGGCAGUCAGGUUACCUCUGACGAGCACAUGGAGGGCUGUGCGGCCCCCCAAAGAAAUGCCACCCCACACCAUUACUGACCCACUGCCAAACCGGUCAUGCUGGAGGAUGUUGCAGGCAGCAGAACGUUCUCCACGGCGUCUCCAGACUCUGUCACGUCUGUCACUUGUACUCAGUGUGAACCUGCUUUCAUCUGUGAAUAACACAGGGCGCCAGUUGCGAAUUUGCCAAUCUUGGUGUUCUCUGGAAAAUGCCAAACGUCCUGCACGGUGUUGGGCUGUAAGUACAACCCCCACCUGUGGACGUCGGGCCCUCAUACCACCCUCAUGGAGUCUGUUUCUGACCAUUUGAGCAGACACGUGCACAUCUGUGGCUUGCUGGAGGUCAUUUUGCAGGGUUCUGGCCGUGCUCCUCCUUGCACCGAGGCGGAGGUAGCGGUCCUGCUGGUGGGUUGUUGCACUCCUAUGGCCUCCUCCACGUCUCCUGAUGUACUGGCCUGUCUCCUGGUAGCGCCUCCAUGCUCUGGGCACUACGCUGACAGACACAGCAAACCUUCUUGCCACAGCUCGCAUUGAUGUGCCAUCCUGGAUGAGCUGCACUACCUGGGCCACUUGUGUGGGUUGUAGACUCUGUCUCAUGCUACCACUAGAGUGAAAGCACCGCCAGCAUUCAAAAGUGACCAAAACAUCAGCCAGGAAGCAUAGAAACUGAGAAGUUGUCUGUGUUCACAACCUGCAGAACCAAUCCUUUAUUGGGGGUGUCUUGCUAAUUGCCUAUAAUUUCCACCUGUUGUCUAUCCCAUUUGCACAACAGCAUGUGAAAUUAAUUGUCACUCAGUGUUGCUUCCUAAGUGGACAGUUUGAUUUCACUGAAGUGUGAGUGACUUGGAGUUACAUUGUGUUGUUUAAGUGUUCCCUUUAUUUUUUUGAGCAGUGUAUAUAUUUUUUAAUGAUGAUUUAUCUUGUUGAGAUAUUGGGUCAGACUCUACUGUUAACUGACCGAAUGCUGUUCAACUUAGCUUGUCUGCUAAUGCUAUUUGGUCUGUGUAAAACUGCAGCAGCAGACAAGUUAGAUUUAGCAGCAGUUGGCCAGAUAACCGUCAACUUUACCCAACAUGCCUACUAAGUAAGAUUUAAAAACAAAAAAGCUAAACUUUCCUUAAAAAAAAUAUAUCAUUGACGCUCAUUAAACGUAUCUUUCAAAAGAAAAGCUAACAUGGCUAAUGUGUAAAUAAAUAAAAUGCAGUCCAAUAUAGAAUUUAACUGUACUGAGAGAUCCUGAUUCCCUCUCCAUAUUCUUUUAAUGCACUAAAAUGGAGUUCACUUCCUGCUUACUCAGUCCCUUUAAAUAGUUUUAUUUUUUUGUCUAAGAAAGACAUUUCAUAUUGGUCAUAUUUGUAAUGUCUUGAAUUGCUAUUUUUCCAUAAAGCAUAAUUGUAAUUUAAAGAGCUAUUCGCAAUGCACUAUUUUGUUGGGGUUUACUUUUCCUGAUGAUGAUGGAAACUGUUUCAUGUUUGUAGGGUGGAACUGGAUUCUCAGGAUCUGGAGUGGAGCUUCAGGCCAAGGAGGCCAGGCCUGUGAUGCAGGCGUAACAACGGUGUCUUCCUUCUGAGUAUCUCCAACCCAUUACCAAUUGUAUAUACUGCUACUUAUCAGUGAGCGGAGAGACUCACUGUCACGGCAUCCAUAGAUUUAAGUGAUCGCAUUUUAGUCUUCAGCUUGAUAACCUUGUCCUUUUAGUGAAGAAAAAAAUAUCACCUAGUUCUAAUUAACACACAAACGUAAACAAAGUAUCCUUAAAGCGGCACUGUCACGCCAAACUUGCCUUUUCCCUAUCAUUUCCUCUUCUCUUCCUCUCUCAGAAUCUGUUCUUCUUUUCUUUAUUUCUGAUCUAGUUUUCUUAAAAACAUAAGACAAGUAGAGUACUUUGACCAAAGGAGGAGUUUAAGUCAACUCCAUUUCCUGUGUCAGAGAAAGUCCAUCGUAGGAAAAAUACGAUGGACUUUCUCUGACACAGGAAAUGGAGUUGACUUAAACUCCUCCUUUGGUCAAAGAAAGUACUCUCUCUUCUCCUUGACACAGGAGAUAGAACAGACUUAACUUCUUUCUUUUGGUCAAAGAAGGUCAAGUGUAGGAAAAACACAUAAGAUAAAAUAGUCCCUACUUAGGUUUUAAAGAAAACUAGGUCAGAAAAUAAGAACAGAUUCUAAGAGAGGAAGCGAUAAGAGAAAGGUAAGUACGGCAUGACCGUGCCGCUUUAAGCAGUGCCUGCAGCCUACCAGGAACGACUUUGGAUUCUCCGUUCUGAAUCCAAUAUAUUAAUGGAGUCUUGGAACAAAUGAAAUAGGAAAACCUAUUUUUAUGCGUGGUGUGUGGGUUUUUUUUUUUUUGUUUUUUUUUAAUAUAAAUUCAGAAAUGUAGUGUCUGGAAAUGUAUUUUUUUUUUUUUUAUUCCAAGACCUGUUACUCAAAUACUGAAAUUAUUUAUUAUAAAAAGUGACCAUUUAAUUCAUACAUUUCGUUUGUGUGUGUUCUCCUCAUUCACUAGUUUUUCUGGAACUAUGAAGCAUAAUGUGCAUGGGGAAAAUGCAAGUUUAAACAUAAUCUAUACAAUUGUUCAAAGUAGACACAAUCUAAUAGUUGGGGCAGUUGUUGGGUGUCAUAAUGACACACCUACAAACUCUGAAACACCCACGCCAACUCUGAAAAGUAAGAUUAUUUUAAGUAGUAAAAUACACAUUUUAUAAAUAUAAUUUAUAUAGUCUAAAUCAAGCAUGUCAAAACACACUCAUAGGACUUCAAAAUCAACUAGAUAACGUUUUGUUUUUCACAGGUUUGCAGCAUACAUUGACCAAACUCGGUCCCAUAACCAAACAUUUCUUAAUUAUGUCAAGAUAGUUGGACUGAAACAUAGAUUAUAUGUAAAUGCACGUCUCCUUAAAAUAAAUUUACAAGUUUAUUGACUUUGAAGUCUUACGAGCAUGAGGAUUCCAGUGUCAGUGAGGCGCCUAUUUUUUUUUUUUUUAAUACUGUACUUUUCAAAAUAAACCUACGGUUCUAAGAAAACAAAUUUUUUAUUUUUUUUUUCAAUUUAUUUUUUUUUGCGGCCCACAAACUUUAACCUUGUUUUUUUUGACAUGCUUGGUCUAAAUGUAUAUGUUAUUAUUGCACAAGGAGAUGUUAUGAUUUAAAGGACCACUCCGAUAACCAUAAUGACUUAAUCUCAAUAAAAUAGUUAUGGCGUCUGGAGGUGAACUGUGUUUUUUUUUAAGUUUUAACUCUAAAGUGCUCCUGAUCAUGCUUGUUCUCCUGGCUCUUCAGUUUCUCCUCCAGCCCCAACUUCAAAUAGGAAAAAUUUGACUAGGGGUGCUAGAAUUGGCAGAGAUGGUCAACUGAUUCUCAUCUAGACCUAUCACUGUCCUCCCAUUGAUAAAAAUGCUUUAGAAAUGUGAAAAGCUUUGAGAAUCAGCUGACGAUCUUAGCCAAUUACAGCACCCCAAUCAAACACUUACUCAUUGGGGCUGGAGAAUAGACACUGUCGAGCACUUUGUCUUUAAACCGUCAUUAUAGUGUCAGGACAGGUUAACUUUACUAGAUGACUUCUGACAGCUUUCUUUUACACAAUUCCAGCCCCUAAAUCAGCAAUGCAAUGUCCUAACCUCUGCUGGAAGUACUUUAUCAUCUGCUGGAAAGUUUAUGUUCCCAAUCCCCUUAUCCAAUUAAUGACAACAAGCACCCAUCCUGUGUUGCUUUAAAACACAACAGGUGGUUUAAGUGGACAUUUUAGAAGACAUUUUCUUCUCCGAGUGUGGUUUUGAAUAGUUCAUAUGACUUAAGCUAUCACUUUAAUGAUUGUGUAAAACAAGUUCAAAUUUAAAACCAAAGUAUUUUAGUUUGUUUCCUUAUAAUAACACUGGCUUCAUUCUGUGAAAAAUAUGGAAACCAUUUCUGUGAGGGAAGGAAAUAUCUACACAUACAACACAAGGACAAGAAAAUCUUGUGUUAUCAGUGGGAACAAGUUCAGAGUCUUAAUGGCUAGCAAAUUUACUUUAUCAGUUGUGUUGUGUCUGUACCAUUUAUAGCUAUUUUUCCACCAUAAGAAAUGUGAAAUAUUCAAAAAUAGAAUGUGAUUGGCUGUCUUAGCCCAGUCAUUGUUGUCUUCAGAUUAAAGAAAGCAGCAAUUAGAGGUUUGAGUUCUUUCAACUGGGGGAAAAAAAAAAAAAUCUUUUAAAGGGACAGUACCUUACAAAAUUUAAGAUUCACACCGGUGUAUCAAGCUCAGAAUGUGUACAGUAGCAUACUGUGGGCGUGGUGUGGACAUCAAGCAGUGGAGCAGCCUAAGAGAGUAGCUCCACUGUGAACACCCAUCAAUCCACAAAAACCCAAUAAGAAUCUUAGCCAUCCCCUUAUAUAUUCAUAUUGGGAAUUGUAAGUCUACACCACCAUGGGCACCCAAACGCCACAAAUGUGCAAUCAGAAAGGUGAGGAUGCUAAUUUAGCCAGCCUUUUCGCAUCAGCACAUAAGCCUCAGACGGCGAUGCCCUCCCAUGACACCGAGAUGCAGGAGACACUCAAUGUGUCCACAGGCACAGAGCACAUCCUGCAGCAGAUGGGGGAAUUAAAAUCCUAUUUCACCAAAUGCACGAAUGAGAUUAAAGGGACUCUAUAGUCACCAGAACUACUGCAUAAUGUAGUUGUUCUGGUGCCUACAGCAUAUCCCUGCAGGCAUUUUCAUGUAGACCCUACCUUUUCAGAGGAAAGGCAGUGUUUUCAUUAGUGCCUAGUGACACCUCUGGUGGCAGUCAUUCAGGCUGAACCUUUCCCAGAGAUCCAUUGAUUCAAUGCAUCUCUGAUUAUAUGCUAAUUGGCCAUUGCUGCAUUUUGCUGUGCAUGCAUGUUAGCCUCCCAAUGCUUUCCUAUGGGAGCCUAUUGGUUUGGCUCAUUCAUUUCUGAUGCUCUUAGCCAAAGUGGGGGUGGGCUGACUACACUCUCUUAAGCAAAAGAGUUGCAUAGCCCUAAAAAAUGUAGACUCCUUCUUAGAGAAUAGAAAAGACUUUGCGCGGGCCUGUGCAGCUACAAGAGCAGGAAGUCAAGACAUUGAUGAGAUGGUACAUCAUCCCAGCCAAACUAUGCAGAAUGGGUAAAAGCACUACUGACUUCUGUUGGAGAUUAUGUGGGGCAAAACACACUUACUCUCAGAUGUGGUGCACAACAAAUAAGGCCAUUCUAAGACCUACUAACCCAACUAUUUGACAGACCGUUUAAUCUAGACACCUAGGCAUACCUCCUGAUGCGGAGGACUGGUUUUUGGGUCAUUUUCUUUAACAAUCAAUCAAUAUAUAUAUAUAUAUAUAUAUAUAUAUAUAUAUAUAUAUAUAAAAUAUAAUUUAGGAUAUUAAUUUCAUCUGCAUGGUUGGAACUAAUUUUUUUGUUAUGCGUUCUAAUUUUAGGUUAUUCAGUGAUAACCUAUGGGGUAUUUUGGAGAAACACUUAUUGAUUUGUGUAAUUUGGUAAGACAGGUUGUUUUAACGGGACACAUAGCUUCUUGAAUGCCAUGACCGAAGAAAAGACUAUUGUAAUGUUUUAACAACGAUUUCUGUAUUUCUGCAACAAUACAAAUGUGCACCUGUACAUGACCUCCCUUGUUUUAUUUUAAAUGUUACAUUUUAUUUGUUUUGUACGAUUACAAAAGUAUAAAAUGGGGAUUAUACGCAACGUUUAAACUAUGCUGUAACAGAUUGCUUUGCUGGUGCCUGUCACAAAAUGAAGUUAACUUUUUUUAAAUUAAAAGUUACCUAUUUAACUAGUAGUAUUUGAAUCCUGCUAUAGUGGUGAUUGUGCUAGGCAUACCGUGACACCCUCCCAGGGUCAGUAGUCAGACUUCUCCGCUACUGAACUGGCCCUGUAGCCCUUUGCUCUGUGGAGUCAAUGGAAACCCAGCAGGAAUUCUUCCAGCGAGAAGAGGGUUUCACUGGCAUCUGGUGGAUUUUAGGUAAGUUGUCAAACCACUGCCAAACUGUUUAACUAUUUACCCUGUGAGAGUGCCAGGAAACUUUAAUGUAAUUCCAAAGCAUCUUUAAAAUGAUGAUGGCCAACAAAAUGUACAGGUGGGAUUUCAUGAUCUUUAAAAGACCACAUUGAAAAUGUAUCCAGCGAAGAGUGUGGGCCUGUGGUUCAGGGAGAAAUAUACCCAACAACCUCAUAGCACCAGAAGAACUACACUAAGCGCAGAGUUCAAAAUGUCCACUAGCCAUUGGUGAGUAGAAAUUCAACCUUGGGGAGUGCGCAAUGGAUUCUGGCAUUGGCCAGUAACUUCUAGACCUGACUGACUGUAUUGGACUUGAAAUUUGAAGCCCUGAUAAAUCGUAUUUGGUUUUGCUAAUAGGAGUGUCUCUUUAUAGGGAAUUGUAUGUCAAGGUGCUAAUAAGGAAGAGAUUGCCAAACAGACUGUUACCUGAGUUUAGCAAUUUCCCCAGAAUAGCUCAUUAUGUUUCCACAUGGUGGCUUC